UGCUUAUCAUUUUGGCAGUUCUUCUCUAACUUCAGUCCCAAUGUGACAAUAUCUAUCAUUCUUGCAGAAGUCUUGCCAUUGAGGGUCAGGGGCUUUGCGCAUGGCCUCUCCGCCGCAGUUGGAGAGUUCGGUGCCGUUUUCUCUGCACUACUCUCCAACUGGCUUACUACUCCCAUGGUAAUCGGCCUGGCCAAUGUCUCGUGGGUCUUCUUUGCCUGUAACUUGAUGGGUGCUAUUAGUACUUAUUUCUUAAUCCCCGAGUCGAAGAACAGAGAUGCGGAUAGGAUUGACUUUGAGUGA